AGUACAUACUAUUGAAACGGUCACGAUAUAUUUCGCUCUCACCAUUUUCUAAGAUAUUCGAAGUUUUACUUUAAAGAAUUCCUCAAGUAUUGUCACAGACAGACUUAACAAGAUUUACGAUGAGUCAAGUACGCAUUAAGAAAAGACAAUGGCGACCAAAGCCGUCUGAUGAGCCACCAAAACCACGUGGAAAGAUUCGCUUGAUCAGACUGGAACCGGAUCCCAAAGUAGAAAGAUGUUCAGAGAAGUCACAAACAGACGUAUCUCAGCUUGCUGGGGUCUUAAAGGAUCCCAAAGUACAGAAAUGUUCAGAGAAGUCACAAACAAAAGCAGACGUAUCUCAGCUUGCUGGGUUCUUAAGGGAUCCCAAAGUACAGAAAUGUUCAGAGAAGUCACAAACAAAAGCAGACGUAUCUCAGCUUGCUGGGUUCUUAAGGGAUCCCAAAGUACAGAAAUGUUCAGAGAAGUCACAAACAAAAGCAGACGUAUCUCAGCUUGCUGGGUUUUUAAGGGAUCCCAAAGUACAGAAAUGUUCAGAGAAGUCACAAACAAAAGCAGACGUAUCGCAGCUUGCUGGGUUCUUAAGGGAUCCCAAAGUACAGAAAUGUUCAGAGAAGUCACAAACAAAAGCAGACGUAUCUCAGCUUGCUGGGUUCUUAAGGAAACGUCACUCCCCUGAGACUACCAUGGCAACAAACGGGACAAAAUCCACCUGUAAUAUGACCUUGGCCAUUAAACCCGAAUCACGUGCCUCUGAUGUCACCAUUACAACAGGUGCUACAUGUGACAAACGGAUACUCAAGUGAUAUGGUCCCUUAUCUCACCUCAGCAGUGUGACAGCUGACAAUAAAACACCUCCUCAGAUUGAACUCGACGAUGAUUUUGACUACAGUCUCGAUCUCAUGGGAGAUUACACCCUCACGGAAAGCGACUUCUCCAAGAAACCAACACCGUUUUGGUUCGAGAUAGAAUGCAAUGCUACCAACGACAGCCUACAAAAUAUACCUGUCAAACAGUCAACUCCGGACAAUCUCAAGACUGACCAUUCCGGCCCAUCCUCGGAUACUACCAACUACCAACUGGUCACACAAUUCUCUCCCGAGUCUGACCUUAUUAUGAACACAGUGCGUGACAGUACUAGACACAGAGGCGUCAAGAGAAAGCUUUCUUUUGACGAGGAUGAUGUGGUUCCGGUGCCGUGUAAAAGGCCAAGGAGAUGUUAACCCUGAUCCAUAUAUAUGAACUUUAUUGUGAUAAUUCCGGAGAUACAGUAUUUAGACUUGGCCAUCUCGCGGUGAUUUAGUCAAAAUGACGGUGAGAGUGUGGGCGUGGUUUGCGUGAUUGUUAUUAUGUUGAUACCUAAUGCACGUUCUAAUUUCGAAUAUACCACGCAACCUUAUGUUAACAUAGAGUCUGAUAUGUCUGUCUGCAUGUUUGUUUUGCAUAAUUGUGAGCGAUAUAUUUCUGUCGGUUCGUUUGUCUGUCUGUCCAUUCGUCUGUCUGUAUGUUUGUGUUGCAUGUUUAAGAAAGAAGCUUGUGAAAGUCUCUUGGUGGUUAUUGACACUCAGAGCGGUACAUGUAUCGUUUUGAAUGUCAGAACGUUUGCCAUUUGAUUAAAGCUCUUUCUCAACUGUUAGUCCGAUCUAUUCUAUCGGCUUGUAUGUCUGUCCAUUUGUCUGUCUGCAUGUUUGUUUUGCAUGUCUAAGGAAGAAGCUUGUGAAAGUCUCUUGGUGGUUAUUGACACUCAGAGCGGUACAUGUAUCGUUUUGACUGUCAGAACGUUUGCCAUUUGAUUAAAGCUCUUUCUCAACUGUUAGUUCGAUCUAUUCUAUCGGUUUGUAUGGCUGUCCAUUUGUCUGUCUGCAUGUUUGUUUUGCAUGUUUGUUUUGCACGUUUGUUUUGCAUGUGUAAGGCUAAAGCUUUUUCUCGUCUGUCUACUGUCCACUGUUGGGUAUCAACAUGACACAAUCAGGUCUGUCUCGAGCGCGUGUAAGUAUCGAUUUCGUGUGAAAGGGUCUAUUAGUUGUAUUUUGGUUGUAAGUGAUAAUUUGGGUGAAAGUGUUGAUUUGGCGCAUGGGAGUAUACUUUGUUGCUAUUAGUUAAUUCUGA